AUGAAGAGAUAUUUUAAAAAAGUAUCGAGACCAGAGGAGACUUCAUCUUCUACGAAGAACAAUGUUGAUAGCGAAAGCUCAAAGAAAGAUGAACUUGAAGCAAUUUUGGAUAAUCUUCCUUCAGACCCUGCACGUCGAAAGCGUAUCUUGGAUUAUGAUCCAAAUAUUCGUGAUGAAGUUCGACGGCGUUAUUUGCUUAAGGGUCCUUGUCAGCCUCGAAACCAUGGGUUUCCCCAAACAUUAAUAAGUGGAACAAAACGACGUUUUGUCCCUUCUUGGUUUGAUGAACAUCCUGAAUGGUUAGAGUAUAGCAUAGAAAAUGAUGCUGUGUUUUGUCUCUGUUGUUAUCUCUUUAAACUACAUCAUGGUGACCAAGGAGGCGGUGAUAAAUUUACCUGCAAAGGUUUCUCUAAUUGGAAGAAUAAAAAAGGACUUCAAGAUCAUGUUGGAGGUUUGGGUAGUGUUCACAACCAAGCUUUACUAAAUUGCCAAGCUCUAAUGAAGCAAGGUCUUGCUUUUCGUGGUCAUGAUGAAUCUGAAUCAUCUAACAAUAGAGGAAACUUUCUUGAACUUCUAGAAUUUCUUGCUGAACAUAAUGACAUUGAAACUCUUAAUGCAAUCAUGUUUGAUAUGGGUGAUGCACCAUUCUCUAUUUUGGUUGAUGAAGCACGAGAUCAUUCAGUAAAAGAGCAGAUGGCAGUUGUUCUUCGCUAUGUAGACGAUAAAGGCCAGGUAAUUGAAAGGUUUGUUGGCAUCCAACAUGUUAAAAGCACUGAUGCACGGUCCUUAAAACUUGCAAUAGACGAGUUAUUCUCUAGAAAUGGGUUGAGCAUAUCAAAUCUUCGAGGACAGGGCUAUGAUGGGGCUAUGGUUAACAUUGUUGGAGCAUCAUGGAAACGUCGUGAUCUUCUUCGAGAGCAACAACAGAAUGAAGUUAUGGAAGCUCUUCACAAUGAUGAGCUUCUAAGUGGAAAAGGGUUGAAUCAAGAAACUACUCUCAAACGUCCUGGUGAUACACGUUGGGGUUCACAUUACGGCACCUUACUGAGUAUUAUUUCUAUGUUUUCUUCCACAAUUAAGCUUUCAGACUUGAAUGACCGUUUUAAUGAGGUAAACUCUGAGCUUCUUGUUUGUGUUGCAAGUUUAAGUCCAGAUAAUUUAUUCUCCGCUUUUGAUAAGCAAAAGUUACUCCGUCUUGCCAAAUUCUAUCCAAGAGAUUUUUCUGAAAGAGAUGUCUUAUCACUUGAAGACAAGCUUGAUAUUUAUCUUAAUGAAAUGCGAUCCAACAGUGAAUUUUCUCAAUUGAAAGGAAUUGGUAGUCUUGCUAAAAAAUUGGUGGAGACAGGAAAGCACAAAACACAUGCAGCAGUCUACAAGCUUCUAACUUUGGCUUUAGUUCUACCGGUUGCAACAGCUUCAGUGGAAAGAGUAUUCUCAGCUAUGAACAUUGUGAAGAAUCCACUUCGUAAUAGAAUGGGAGAUCAAUGGAUGAAUGAUAGUUUGCUUGUUUACAUUGAGAAAGAUAUAUUCAGUAGCAUUGGUAAUGAUGCUAUAAUGCAGCGUUUUCAAAAUAUGAGAUCGCGCCGUGGACAAUUACCGUCUCGUUGA